CCUGAAUCCUAUAAAGUGCGUUGUUGCGACCAGGUUUCUCAACGUCGCCUUCUUGAUCAUAACUACCAACGCGCUCUGAAAUAUUCACCGUCCUUCAGCCAAUCUACGCACAAUGGACUCUUACGGAAAUUCUCAGGGUCGCAACAACGCUCAGUCAUGGGACAAUGACCCUAACAACUUCGGCUCUACCAACUCUGGUGGAGGCUUCCAGGGCCAGGACAGUCAGGGGCUCGACAACCAAUUCGGCAGCGGCCAGCAGGGCCAGGGCUUCCAGGGCCAGGGUCAGCAGGACCAGAGCGGGAUACAAUACGGCGCUGGCCAAGGUGACAACUACGGCAGCUCUGGAAACCCGAGCGACAACACCAGCAGCAGCACAUACUCCACCGGUGGUAACUUUGGCGGUGCCAGUGGCCAAGGUCGCCAGGGAGGCCAGAGCGACAACUACGACGCUGACCAGAGCAACCAAGGCAGUCAGGGCGGCGGCAAGCCUUCCAUGACCCAGCGCAUGAUGGGUAACGUCGAGAAGGCUGCUGGCAAGGCGACUGGCAAUCAGGGGCUACAGGACAGUGGCGAGCGGAAGACCAACUGGUAGAUAAAAGAAUGUCUAGUCAUGAAGUUAUUAGCAACGUUGCCGUGUAUUAGUAUCCGCAGGCUUAUGUAGUGUGUUCUCGAGUAAACCCUUAUUGUCACUUGUAAACACCCCUCAGCCAACAACGAAAUAAUGUACACAUUGAGGACGUUACCGC